CAAAUGUAAUAAUAAUAAAUCCAUCAACAAAAGAUUAUCGAAUUCACUAAUUAAGGUAUUCAGAAACCUAAUAUAAUUCUUAGGAUAAUAUGUUGAUUUAGAAAAAUAUAUUCGAACUAAUCAAAUAUCAUAAGCAAGUUACUCUUAAGCCUUCUUAGAAUGUAUAUAAUACACAAGAGAUAGUGAAGAUCACUUUCAAUGUAUUUAACAAAUUUUAAAGUAAAUAUAUUUCAAAUUUAAAGACAAUCUAUAGAUUUUAAUCAUAAGGAUAAUUAAGGUAAUACAGCUAUUAUUUAUGCAGCCAAAACAGCAAAGAUAAAUAUUUUGAAUGAAAUAAUAAAAUACAGAGAGAAAAUAGAAACAAAAUAAAUUAAAUAAGCACUUGAUAUUGCAAUAUAAUCUGAAUAAGAUAAUUGGGAUAUUGUUGAAACUCUCUUAUAAAUUACAACUCUCGAUAAACCUUAACAUUUAAUUAAGUCUAUAAACAAAGGCAAUUAUAAAACAGCUUCAAAAAUUAUAGAAAAAUAUGGAGCUUCUGGUUAAGAUGAAUUUGGAGAUACUGCAUUACAUGUAGUUUCUCGCAAAGGAGAAUUAAAUAUUAUUAAGUAGAUCUGCCAAAAAGAAUUUCUUUUUUAAAAGAAAAAUAAAUAGAAUCAAAUUCCUCUUGAUGUUGCUUGUAAUAAUAUAACAAAAGAAUUAUUAAUUAAUGAAGAAAAUCAAUAAAUCAAAUCUCCAAAUAGAAAAAAGAAAUAGGAAGAAUCAUAAGAAAUUACUCAAAAAAUUUAAAAAUAAGAUGAAUAAGUUGAUAUUGUUCCUAAGAUUAUGAAAAUUAUAGAAUAAUAAGAAAAAGAAACUUAGACUGAUUCAAAAGAAAAAAAAGAAAUAGAAAUUUAAGUUCCAGAAACAAUUUCUAUUAAUUAACCAUUUUAUAAUUAAUUAAUUUUUGAUUCUAAACAAACAUUACCCUAGCAUAAAAUUAAUUUAGAUGAUAUUGUUAAGUACUUAAAUAUUGGAGAUAUUUAGGCAACUUACCUUUGAAAUUAAUACAUUUACAUAAGAGUUGAGUAAAUACUUAGAUGAACAGAAACCAAUAAUUGAUAAAUUAGUAGUUUUAGUUGAUGAGGUAUUUUAAAUAAAAUUUGAUUUUUAAGACAGUUUAAUAUAUUUAACCAAAAUCACGUGCUUUUCUUUAUGGAUCUUGUUUUACAGGACUAAAUUUGUUAGAUUCAGAUAUAGACAUAGUUAUAGAAACAAGUGAAAAUGAAGAAAUUAUUUUAUUAUUUAAACUUGCAGAAUAAUUUAAAGUAUUAUAGAAUUUAGUUUUAGUUAAAAAGCUUCAUUAAGGAUGUUAAAGUGAUUGAAAAUGCUAAAAAACCAGUUUUGAAAAUGUAAUGUUCAAAAGAGCUUCAAGAAAAACAUAUUGAUAUUACAAUUAGUAGAAAUGAUCAUUAAGGAAAAAAGACUGCAAAUUCUAUGAUUGAAUUUUAAAAAGAAUUUAAAUAGUUUAAAAGUUUAGCUUUGAUGCUAAAGUUCUACUUUAAAUCAAUAAAUCUAUUGAAUGCUUACUAAGUAUUAAAGUAAAUUAAUAAGGGUGGUUUAAAUAGCUAUUGCAUUUUAACCAUGAUUCUUGCUUUGUUAUAAAUUAAAAGAAUAAGGGACAAUGAUAACGAAGAAAUUGGUAAAACAUUUUUAGAUUUCUUUGAUCUCUACAGCCAAGAUAUAGAUUAUUAUAACAAAAUAAUCAAUAUCGUACCAUCCUAGUCAGAAAAUAUGUAAAUUGAUGAACCAAACAUUUAUUAAUAGUAAUAUUUUCAAUUGUAAGAAUUUCUAUUAAACUUAGCGAUUAAGGAUCCUAGGAAUUAAUUAUUUUGGAUCUUCAUAAUAAAAGUAAUAAUAUUGCAAGCAGCACUUUUAAAAUUAAGAACAUUAAAGUAUCUUAUUAUAAUUAUUUAUUAGAAUGCUCUUACUUUUGGAUAUAGUGCAAUUUUGAAUGCAAAGAAAUGUGAAUAACCUUGCUUUUUCUCUAGAUAUAAUAAACCAGUAUGCUGUAUUUUAAAAUAAAUGAUUUAACAAUCUAAAAAUAAUCAUUUAAAUAGCCACUUAAAAAAUAAGUAACCCUUUUAUUUGUUUAAUUAUAAUAAUAUUUAUUGA